AAACUGUGCCAUGUGUUGAUGUAGUCGGACUUUUGCACCAUCCUCUUUCUGGACACCUCCUCCUCACCUCCCCUAGAAAAUUGCGAGGAGAGCGCUGCAGGCGAACUUGGGAAUUGUUGCGCUGCAAGCAAGCUCUUAUCUAAAAGGGAUCUCUAUCCUUUGCGAACAAGACAUUUGACCUUCCUCGACAAUCAAGAGUGACGUAAAAAGAAAAGAAGAAGAGGGGAAGAAAGAACAAGUGGGCUGGCGGAGCGCGAAGUGCAUGCAGCACUUUGGAGGAAACAUCUCAAGUAUAGAGUUGCUGUCGAGCGUGUCAAUUUGGCCGGUGCGUGCUGUCUCUCGUUGCUCCUUUUGGGAUGUUACGUGGGUGACUUUUUCCUUUUGGGGGGGACUCGCGCAUGUGCACGCAGGUGUGUGACAAGCAGCGACUUUUUUUUCCCACCACUUCUUUUUCACACGUCAGAGAAUUGAUGACUUUCCCUCCGCUGGUGGCCACAUGUGGACCGCAGGACCCAUCUCGUCUUUGACUCGACUCAACUUUGUGCUCGAAAUAUAUUGGACUACUUCUUCUCAACAUCCUUGUUUGACUUUUUUUGAUUUUUGAAACUUUUUUUUUUGUUAUUACUUGUUGGUCCAGAAAGACUUAAAACAAUGGACCACUCAUUGAUCCGAGUCACGUGCGUCUUGGUGGUUUUCUGUCUGCUUGACAAAAGACUCCAACGAAAUCUUAGGCCUGAAGCUGCCCAACACCGACCCCAUCCUCAACGCCAACACGGUGUGCCUGACGCUACCGGGCUUGACCCGGCGCCAGCUGGGGGUGUGCAUGCGCAACCCGGACGUGACGGCCUCGGCCAUCCAGGGGAUCCAGAUCGCCCUCCACGAGUGCCAGCACCAGUUCCGAGGGCACCGCUGGAACUGCUCCAGCCUGGAGACCAGGAACAAAAUCCCUUACGACAGCAUCGUUUUCAAGAGAGGUUUCCGAGAGAGCGCCUUCGCCUACGCCAUCGCGGCGGCGGGUGUGGUGCACGCGGUGGCCAACGCCUGCUCCAUGGGCAAGCUGAAGGCCUGCAGCUGCGACGAGAAGCGACGCGGCGACGAGGAGGCCUUCCGCAUCAAACUGCAACGUUUGCAGCUGGAGGCCAUCAAUCGAGGCAAGGGGAUGGUACACGGCGUCAUGGAGCACUUCCCCGCCGAGCUGCCGGGACCUCAGGACUCCUGGGAGUGGGGCGGCUGCAGUCCCGACGUGGAGUUUGGGGAAAAAUUCUCCCGGGACUUCCUGGACGCCCGCGAGACCAACCGGGACAUCCACGCUCGGAUGAGGCUUCAUAACAACCGAGUCGGCAGACAGGUGGUGCUGGAUCACAUGAGGAGGAAAUGCAAGUGCCACGGGACGUCAGGAAGCUGCCAGCUGAAGACUUGCUGGCAGGUGACUCCCGAGUUCCGGGUGGUGGGGUCCAUCCUGAAGGAACGCUUCCACACCGCCACCCUCAUCAAGGCCCACAACCGCAACACCGGCCAGUUGGAUCACUCGCACCACAACAACUACAACCAUCACAGCAACCACCAUCAUCACCACCAUCACCAUCACGCGCACCGCAGGAGGCCCGCUAUCAACGACCUGGUUUACUUUGAAAAGUCCCCCGAUUUCUGCGAACGGGACCUGGGUUCCGACUCAGCGGGAACUCAGGGUCGCAUCUGCAACAAGACCAGUCCGGGCAUGGACAACUGCGAGAGUUUGUGCUGCGGGCGAGGCCACAAUAUCUUGCAGCAGACGCGUAGCGAACGCUGCAACUGUAAGUUUCACUGGUGCUGCUACGUGGUGUGCGAAGAGUGCCGGAUCACCGAGUGGGUCAGCGUGUGCAAAUGAGGACGCAACAGGGGGGGGCGGCGGAAAAGAAAACUAUGGGGAGAGAAAAAGAGAAAAAAAAAACUUUCAAAGACCCCGUUUGCUUACGAGAAAGAGGCCAAGACUGUCUUUUACGCACCCUCGAGCGGAAAUGCGUGAGGAGUGCCGGGAGCUUCCGUCGGAAGAACAAAAUCGAUUUGCAAGUGCGCACACGCACGACCUGCCCAACGCCGACGUGUUUUUGCAUUUCUUAAGAUACAGUCAGGUAUUGAAAAGCAAUAAAUGCAAAAAAAAAAAAAAAAAUGCACCACAUUAGAGCUAAAAAUAACACCACGAAAGGUUUGCUUCACAGCCACUACUAUUUACACGAAUCAUAUUUGCGAAUUUGUUGGAGCACAAAGUCGUCGGGUGUCAGUGUCGCUAUCGUUUUGGUGUCUUUACGGAUUACACUUGCGUUUGAUCAUUCUAGCAAGAAACGAAACUAUCGUGCUCAGCAAAAGAGACCAAAGCAGAAUGCACGACUUGUAGAGCACGAUUGGAAAGAGGAGUUUUAAUAAUACAAGAUGACAGGCUGCAAUUUCAAGGCCCUGUAACGUGACAAGAAGAAGAGUGCUAAUAGCCAUGAAAUCAUUUGAAUGAUUCAAGAAAAAUACCAAAUAUGGAAAGUGAGGUUCCCCUCACUCCAUUUCAAGUCUUUCUAUCCGAAUGUCCAUUUGUUCUGGGCUUUUUAUUUGGAUUCAAUUCCAUGAGGUUCUGGUUGGCGUGCGUGCACUCACAACCAACUCUGGAAAAAAAACAAAAUGGCGGACAACAGUUUAGCGCUCGUUGUCAGUCUUCAAGCGUGUUUGCAAGAAAAUGUCCGAAUUCCCUCGACAAGGUCUUUAAGACAGUUGCGGGCCGGAUCUGAUCAUCUGAUUGCCGCUGCUAUCAGAGCCAAACAACUGGAACCUGCAUUUCCUGCUCUUUUAAUUGAGGAUGGCGAAAUCAAAGCGGGGCUAAUUAGCCGCAGCGCUAUCCUGCGCCGUUUUGUCAUGCCACGUUAGAUCCGGGGAAAUUGUUUCCAGCAUUACCAAAAGCGACGUUGUAAAUAAAGGCUCGUCACCGCAUCGACACGUUAAAAAUAGCCUUUCGUCUUAGUAGCGACGCUAGUAAGCGCACCUGUGGAUAUUUGGUGUUUCCCAGUCACGCUUUGUGCCCGUGUCGAAAACAAAUCAGGAAUCUUUCUUACUUGCGUUGGCUUUUGCACAAGCACGGCUCGAUCCGAGAGGACUCUGGGAGAACUAUUUGUGUUGUCCGAAAUGUACAGUUUGUGUGUGUUAUCUAAGUUAUUAAGUUAAUAUUUGUAAAACAAUAAAGAUUGUCCUGGUAAAAAAAAAAAAAAUGAGGAUGGAAUGACGCCAAAAGGAUGCAAGAGAUUUCUUGGUCACAUUCACAAAUAUCCCGUUCACGUCACAAAAAGUGCUUUUGACACGUUCACUUGUGUUUGGUAGCUUUCACUUGACGCAUUCUAUUCCGAUCCGGCCGUUAUCCAUCUCACUGAUUCUUUCCUACUGUGACCCAAAAAAAAAAAGCGUCCACAAAACGUCCUUCCUAUGUAUGCUAUGUAAAGUUUUGUCCAUGAAGUAUUUAAGAAAGAAAUAUUUUUAUUUUCCUACUGUUUUCAUUUGAGUGUGUACAUAGAAAUAUGAAAUGAUUUCUUUUUGACACAGGUCCAUCCUUGCUUGUUUCCCUCCUGCUCCGGGAACGUACUUUUGUGUAUCUACGUAGUGCCUCUCUGACUUAAUAAAUGUCAAAUCUGCUGUCGACAAA